GGUCAAAGCAAACACCAGUCUUGCCUCACAUUUAGUUCUCAACAUCCUCACCUCGCUCUAGGAUAGCAUUUCACCUGUUCUUAGUGAAGCAUAGGAAUCAAGAACACAACUGGCAUGUAUCCACAACGAGUUUUUGAACUGUCUAGAGCCUGCAUUGCAUUCUUUAUACUUCUUUCAGUAAUUACCUGUUUUUGCAUGGUUACUCAUUUCAAGGUUCUUCUUGCAAUAAUCAAGUCAUGUUGUGGUCGAAGAAAGUUGUCAAAGGAAGAAAACAUGGAAACAAGUGAGCAGGACACUAUCCCUCGAGGGAGUGUUCAAAAAGGCCCACCUGCCAGAAAACAACCUUACCCAAUGGAAAGCAUGAGUUCUGAUGGCCGAGAGAAAAAGCCAGCAUACACCACUCCUCCAAGGACUGCUGACCAUGGAAUAACUGACACUACCUCUGCUCCUACUGCCAGGAUGGAGUAUGUUAAUGAGGCCUUUGUAGAGCGAGUUUGAAAAUUAAGCACAUUAUAGAGCAGUUAUGGAUAAAUUUGGUAUAAAUAAAAUAUUCACUCUA